AUGCCCAUCAAGAAGUCUUCUAAAGGCAUAGGAAGAAGUGAGGAUGUGCCAUAUGGACUAAAUGAGGUUGAUAGCUUUGCUCAGCGUAGAGAAAAGAUUUUAUUGGAAGAUGCAGGACUUUCAUCACAAGCAUAUGAAGAUAAUGAAGAUGAUAAUCUGGUAGUUGAUGAGGAGGAAGAGGAAGUAAUGUCUAUGAGUGACGAUAGUUCUGCAGAAGAGGAUAAUGUAGAAGAACUUGAUGGUGAGAAAGCAUACAAGCAAGUAUUUGGUAAGAGACUGAAUCUAGGCGAUGAAGGCGAAAACGAAGGCGAUGCCAUGUUGGACAAUGACAAUGCGUGGGGAAGUAGUAAGAAUGAGUACUAUGGUGCAGACGACCUAGAUGACGAGGAAACUGCUAAAGAAAUCGAGAAUGAGGCUCGCCGCCAACAAAAAAAGCACUUAGAGAGCCUGAAUAUGAAUGAUUACCUAGAUGAUGAAGUCAAUGAAGAAUGGGCCAAGAGCGCUAAGGAGUUUGACUUGGGGCAAUUUCAAGAGUCUGUCAAACAACAGCAAGGAUCCUUUUCCGUUAAGGAUGUAUUCGGUAUGGGUCCCGACGCUAAAGAGAGUUUCUUGAAGACUUCAUUCCCGGAAUUCUUUCCGCUAUCGGAAGAAUUGGUGAGUUUAGCGCCAAUUCUUGAAGAAUUGAAGGCGAAGGGCUCUAAUGAAUUUGUCAAAGUCAAAAUUCGGGCUUUAACCUCUUAUUUGGGUGUUAUCUCUUCUUACUUCGCUAUAUUCCUACAUGAGCUUCAAAAUAAUGACGAUUUUCAAAACAUGAAAGAUCAUGCGAUAAUGGAGGCAAUUUUAACUUGCAAAGAGAUUUGGAGACAGGCUUCAGAGUUGCCAGAGGAUGUCGAUGUUUUGGAAUCCGAAGAAAAGCAAGAUGAAGAGCAAGAGGAGUAUGGUGAAGUAUCUGAUGUUGAACAGCUUGACGAAGAACUUCUGCAGGAAUCAGAUGCCGAGAGUUUGAAUUCUGCAGCAGAGGAGGAGGCAAAUGAAAUUGUAGGUGGAAGUGAAGAAGAAAGUGGUGAUUUUGACAUCGACAUUAGCAAACCCCGUGUGUCAAAGAAAUCACACGAUAAGAAUAGACUCACUGAAGUUGAUGACUAUGUUGAAAGUGAGAUAGCAGAUGUAGAUGCGCAAGAAAAGAAAGCAAGAAGGAAGACGCUGCGCUUUUACACUUCGAAGAUUGAUCAGCAAGAAAAUAAAAAGACCGACAGAUUUAAGGGUGACGAUGACAUACCUUACAAGGAGAGAUUAUACGAACGUCAACAGCGACUACUCGAGGAGGCACGGAAACGUGGUCAACGUGAAUCUGCAGGUGCAGAUUUGGAUUCUAAUGAAUAUGGUUCAGAAGACGAAUCGAUAGCUAAAGCGAUUAAUAAAGACUCAGAAUCUGAUUAUUACAAUCAAAUUCAGCGCCAAACACUUAGUAAGAGAGAGUCCCGUAAGCAGGCGCAUAAGGAUGCUCUGCUGGCGGCAAGAUCUGGCAAGCUGGCCGAGCUGGCUGAAGAAAUUGGUGAUGAUCAUAAGCGCGCAAUCAACUAUCAAAUACUGAAGAACAAGGGUCUCACACCAAAGAGAAAGAAGGACAACAGAAACUCGCGUGUAAAGAAGAGGAAGAAGUUCGAAAAGGCUCAAAAGAAGUUGAAGUCCGUCCGUGCAGUUUAUUCUGGUCAAUCAGGACCUUAUGAGGGUGAGAAGACGGGUAUUAAGAAGAAUUUAGCGAAGUCUGUCAAAUUCAGGAGCUAA